CGCUCAGUUCGCUUCUGACCGUAGCCGCAACAGUGCGCACUCUUCUACACACCGAUUCUAGUUAUCCGCCGAUAUCCACUCGAUUUUCGAAAGGCCUGCCUGCCGCUGAACUGUUGCACGUGCUGCACUGCGUCUCGAUUGCAUUCCCGCCAGAGGCCAACAAAAAAUCUAAAAAAAAAAAAAAUGGGCUGCGCAACAGGCACCAUUAAGUACUCGCUGUUUCUCUUCAAUGCCUUAUGGGCGAUACUUGGAAUUCUUGUGCUUAUCUUUGGCGGCCUCAGCUGGGGAGGGAUGCCGGAUGAGUAUGCCAUUGGAAUUUUAGUGCUGGGCGGCAUUAUCCUGAUCAUUUCGCUGUUUGGAUGCUGUGGCGCUGUUCGCGAGUCGCCGCGCAUGCUCUGGACGUAUGUGUCACUGCUGCUGGUCUUGCUGCUUCUGAUGGUGGCCUUCAUCAUCCUCAAUCCCCGAGAUGUCUUCAAGAAUUAUGCCGCGCAGAAGGUCGAGGAAAAUUGGAAACAAGAAGAGACCAGUCCCGGUAGCAUGGAUCUCAUUCAGAGGACGUAUGGCUGCUGUGGUCUCAAUAGUGCCCAAGACUAUCUGUCCAUCAAGUACUACAACCAGUCAGUGCCCAGCAGCUGUUGCAAGGAGUUGAACUGUGUGAAUCCCCUGAAUCUCUACAUCGAUGGUUGCCUCAAGAAGGUGGAGGAAGCCUUUGCGGAUGAGGGCUCCACCACGAGUUACCUGGAGUGGGGUCUGCUCGGCUUCGAUGUGGUCAUUCUUCUGCUGGCCAUUAUCUUGGCCAUUCAUUACACGAAUCGUCAGCGACGCUACAACUACUAGUGCCUAAUUACCACCUAGCAAAUCAAUCUCUCUGAGUCCUACCUGUCUCAGUCGUCAGCGUCACCCACGUACCUUGCUGUUAGAUCCACCAAGCAUUGAGGGUGGAAAUCACUUGCCAAGCAACCGAAGAUGCCUUAAACGUAUAUGAAAACACAAUAGUGUCGAAAAUCGUACCUUCAUUUUUAAUAUUUUAAUCGGAACUACAUUCAUAUGUAGAUAUACAUAUGUCUUGUGCAGUUUCAUCCAAAUGUAUUAGCUUUUUAAAAAAGUUGAUAAUAAAAUUUAAGUACAAAACAAA